AUGGGGAGAUUGAACCACCACCAUAAGGGUUCUAACAAUUCGCGAUCGUCUCACAAGCGCCAAAGCCGACUUGGCCAUCACAACAGUGAGCAAGCAUCUCGCCAAUUCCUCAAGCUGCUCCCAAGAUUCCAAAAGCGUCCUAAACACCGACUUAGCUCAACUCACAUCCGCGUGGAAUACGACAACUCGGGAAAUGAGGGUGACGAGUUACCCGUAUUCCCGUACGGCCCGCACGUCGUACCCAAGGCACCAGAGGUCGCUUCGCUCGCCUCUUACAUCGUUCCCAACUUCCCGAGGGACGAAUGA